AUGGUCAACCAUUUAUUAUUAGGUUAAAUUUUAAUAGAGCCCGUCUUUCAUCUAAUGAUGGAAGAUGAACGAGUCAACACCAUGUCUUGUGUAAAUAAGUACAACAAAGAGUUAUCUAAUAAAAGAUAAUGAAAUUAACAAGGAAGCAUUAACUAAAUUUGUGAUUAGAUAGGCAAGGAUGCAAAACAAAUUAGAACCAACCAUUUCCCUUAAUUCUCUCCUCUGUUGAAUUCUUUAACCACUAUCUCAGUCUUCUCAAAUUUCCGCCUCUCCUUGUCCAAAAAUCAAGGAUCUUAUACCUUGCUUUCUCUCCAUUGUUGUCAUUGUUACUUUCGCUCGCACUAUCCAUAUUCUCCACUGCUACUUUUUCCUCUCAUUUCCUUUGAUUAGCUUUCGCGGCACUUCUUCCUCAUUGCUGGCAAAAUGGCAAAUGCAGCGUCUGGAAUGGCUGUGGAGGAUGAGUGCAAAUUCAGGUUCCUGGAGCUUAAAGCAAAGAGGAUCUACCGUUACAUUGUGUUCAAAAUUGACGGACAGCAGGUGGUGGUCGAGAAAUUAGGGGGUGCUGGCGACAGUUAUGAUGACUUUAUGGCCAGCCUGCCGGCUGAUGAGUGCCGUUAUGCUGUCUAUGAUUUUGAUUUCACAACCGAUGAGAAUUGCCAGAAAAGCAAGAUCUUCUUCAUUGCAUGGUCCCCAGAUAGCUCAAAGGUGAGGAUGAAGAUGGUGUAUGCUAGCUCCAAAGAUAGAUUCAAGAGGGAAUUGGACGGUAUACAAGUGGAAUUGCAGGCAACCGAUCCAAGCGAGAUGAGCUUGGACAUUGUGAAAGCUCGAGCCAUCUAAUCUAAGCAUGUCUUUCUUGAAGUUACCAUAGAGCGAGCAAUGAUGAAUGACAUGCACUUUUACUGGCAUAUUGUUCUUCCUUAAAAGUUAAAAACUCAAUAUAUGCUUGUUCAGUUUUUUCUAGUGUGAUCUUGGAUUGUUGGUUGGUUGGUUUAAUUGGGUGUAUCAAGUUGCCAAUCUAGCCUCUUGGUUUUUCAAUUGGGGUUGGCUCUUGGGCAAUUGUAUUAGCUGUUACUGCAAAAAUGAUCAAACAAACUCAUAUAUGUAUGCUUAAUGUCUCCAAUUCUUCUUUUAAAACCAUAUUUUGGAUUGGAAAGACCUUAUCUAGAGAAUGGCUUUCAUAUUUUUAUUUUUUGAAUGAUAAUCGUUUAAAAUUAGGCUCGAAUAGGAUAUCUAGCAAGAACCAUGAGAAGAUAAGAAUUUUACAUUAAAUUAAUUAACCAUCAACGUAAAAUUAAAAGAUGAAAAGUGUUAUAUAGAAUAUAA